AUGUCGUUCAAUUUUGGAGGAAAUCCCACACCAGCACCAGCACCGGGAGCUCCAGCUGCAGGUUUUUCCUUCGGAGGAGGAGGAGGAGGAGCGUCAGCAGCGGCUCCAACUGGGCCAACACCAGCUCCAUCGUUUGGCUUUGGCAGUACUCCAGCUCCUGCACCCCAAGCGGGAGCACCUGGAGCAUCAGCACCUGGAGGAUUUUCAUUUGGUGGUGCCCCAUCUACCACAGCACCAGCAGCACCGACUCCAGCGGCACCAGCAACUGGAGGGUUUUCGUUUGGAGGUGCACCGAAUACAGCUCCGACUCCGGCACCAGGAGGUCCAGCUCCAGCUACAGGAGGAUUCUCUUUUGGCAAUAAUCCAGCACCAGCACCCAAUGCUAGCGCUCCUACUCCAGGUCCGGCUGCUCCAACACCAGGGGCACCAGCAGCGGGAGGCUUUUCAUUUGGAAAUACACCGGCACCAGGGGCCCCAGCAGCGGCUACGACAACUACGCCACCACCAGCCACUGGAUUCUCUUCCUCCUUUGGAGCAGGUGGAACUCCGGCGCCAGCUACAAAUUCUGGACCAGCUCCAGCACCACCGACAGUGACCACUCAAGACUUUGAUACCAUCUAUCCCAAUUUGCAAAUCUGGCAACAAAUUCAAAAGUUCUCCACUGCGCAAGGCGAUAGUGACGAAGGAUUCUUGGGCAAGCAAGACUUGCAUCAUUGUAUUACCACCAAUCAAGCCAAAUUGCAUCCUCUUCCGGCAGAAUGGACCCCGCCCAACAAUGGGUUGCGACAGCAGCUGACCUCUAAUCCGACCGUUUCCAUUACCAAUCCAGACACUGGGAAUACCGAGACUACGAAGUUGACGUCCAAGAAUCUGGAACGCAUCUUGCGAUUGGCCUCGGAUUUAAAAAUCUCUGAAGCCAAUGCAGUGUCGCUCUAUGCUCACGUCAGUCGACAUUUGGGUGCCAUUUCAUCUCUGUCAGUACCAAACUACAUGGCUAUUGUCGGCAUGGAAACCAAAAAGUAUGGUGAUGCCUCGCUACUCGCCCGCAACUUUUUCUUUUACCAACAAGGCUUGCAACUACAAACACUACUAUUCUUGCUGCAAUCGAGAUUUCAAAAUGCACCCAGUGUUUUGGAGGCCACGGAUGCACUUUUGAACAGUGAUCUAGUCGGAAAGUUGAUCAAGGUGAUUAAGGCGCACACCCAACAGAUUCUACAGUUGCAACAAGAAAUGGGGGCCAAAAAGAAUCAAUUCGAGGCGUCGAUCCAACACCUCGCACAAAACUUACAACAGCAACAUUUGCAAGGAACGGCUGCGGGGGGCAAUGGAAAGAAACAACUACCUACCUUCGCGUCGGUGCAUUUGCUUUUCUGCCAACAGGAACGGCAGAUUGCUUCCGAGUGUCUCUUCUUUAUUGCUUACCACACUCAAAUGACUCCCAUUGAAAUGGCAGGCCUGUUGGAUCUCAUCAAGGACUUGUCGGACAUGUUGCCAACUCUGAGUCCCUUUACCAAUGUUCCGUCGCCCUUUGAAGCUGCCGGUGACCCAGCCCAAAAUGGAUGGCCGUCGUCUUCCAACGUGCCCUUUACCUACGCGCUCAAGGAGAAGGAUCCAUUAAAGUGGCAACGAGAAUUGGUGGAGCUGACUAACGAAACGGGUCAAACACAAGUUCUACAAUGUAUUUCACUGCUAAUAGUAGCAGCCAUUAGUGCCAUGGAGGCCCGACAAGUACUGUACGAUCGAGAUAUUCAUGGACCAAACUCGUUUGGCAAGGGAAACAAAUUCUUGCCACCUUCCGAGAAUCCAUCGGUGCCGCAAGAUUUGCAAUCAAGGUUGGGACCGGAUGGCGCCAAUUCGUGGGCUCGCAAGGAUAUAUGGGGACUCUUGGCGGCUGCCUAUGCCUUGAUGUUGCGAUCAGCGCCUUCCGCAUUGAUGUCGCCGCGUGCUGGAAGCAGUGCCCAAACCAAUCAAAUUAGGAACACGGCUAGGGAUUGUCUGGUUCUACCAUCGACCUACAAGUCUUUUACUUUUUGUCGAUUAACCAUGAUUCCAGCCUUGCAAAGAUUGUCGCUGUCUGCGUUUGCCAACUUGUCGGAAUUUGGUUUGGCUGUGUUGUCGGAAUGUGUAUCGCACUACUUGGACGUAUUGUCAGAAGGAAGCAUGCCCAUGUCAAGACAAAAGUACGAAAAGGAAGAAAAGGAGGAAUUGAAUUUGAGACGAGCUCAAGCAGCUCAACAGUCACAAUUCAACAUGUGGUCGGGAAAGACGGAUGCCAAGCAAGAAGAGAUCCCCGCGUCGGUUGAUUUGAUGGCCCGACCAGAUUGCCUCGACGAUAUUGUCGCCGUGGCAUCGACUCUGUGUCAGUUGGGAGGAGAGUAUUCCCAAAGCUUUUGGAUCAUGGAUGCAAAUGGUGGCUUGGUGCCAAGCCGAUUGCUAGCACGAUUGGAGCAGCUCCAAGCGGCAGACGACUCACUCAUGCCAACCUACUUAUGCUUCAUGGCGGCACUGGUCAAUGACGAAGCGAGCGCUACUGCAAUCUACAACUUCCUUGCAAGACCACCCGAAGCAGCUGGCGAUGGCGCGUCAAGUGCACCGAGAAUAAAUUGGAUUUCGCUGAUCUACAAUCUCCGAUGGUAUGCACAACAGUUGAGCAACUACGAUGUCACCGUUUCCAAGUCAUCAACAACUUCGUCAUCGAGUUCUGCCAAUACUUCCUACUACUACAACCUAGAAGGAAAUUCAAUACCAUCUGGUCAAUCAACUUCUACUUCAUCCACAACUCAAAGCAAAGCAACUACAUCCGGCUCGGGUAAGCCAAAGGAACUUUCUUCGAUGGCCACAUUUCGAGUGGCUUCCCAUUUGACAAUAAUUCAAAAAGUGGCACAGCACUCUGCGGCGGCACAAAUGGCGAUCUUGUCGAUUUCAAUACCGAUAGGCGAUGACGUUGCUGCAGGAGGGGACGAUGCCUUGCUGGUCCUUUUCAAGCUUGCCAUUGCUCCAUUGUCUCCAACCGUUCGUGGUGCAACUCUGACCACGAUUGCAAAUCUGCUGGAGAUUUCGCCCGGCUGUACUGCCGAGGAAAGAGCAUUUGCGUUGCAACAGGGAACCAAUGCUUGGGAGUACUUGGAAUCUUGUCCAUUGUUACCAAUUGCACUUCUGGAUCAGCACUUCAACCAACAAGCGGCCGAUGAAAGAGCUCGUGCAAGUAUCGGUUUCCCACCAUCAUCCACAACCCUGAGCAAUUCUACUCCCGACAAGCCUGGAAUGUUGAAAAAGGACCCAAUUUUCGGAAUCCUGUAUGAAAUGGAGCAGAUCGAAGCUCGUAUGGGAUGGUAUCCAUCGACUGAAGGUUUUUUGCAACUUCUCAAAUCGCUCAUCAUUGCAGCUGGAUGUCCACAAAAUCUGGGCCAAAGCUGGAGACCUCGGACAGGAUGUGCUCCAUACAUCGAAUACAUCUUGGACUUUGUUUUGACCCGAGCGCUUGGUAUCAAAGGGGCUCCAAUUCUACCAUUUCGAGUGCAAGGUGAUCAAAGUCGUCUGUUGACAAGAGCACUCGAGGUUCUACAUGUUGUGAUAUCUCGAUAUGCUGUGCCAAGUGCUUCGUUGAAAUCAGCGCAAGGAAAAGACCCGAUGGAUCCAAUGGAAAGGGUUUACGCUAAAGCUGUACAAGUGCUCGGAAUCCAAGCUGUUGCCGACAGAACAGUAGCACAAGAUGCUCUUGCAAGCACAGAAUCCCAACAAUGGAAAGAUGAUUUCACAAAUCGCGCUUCAACAAACUUUAUUGAAAAUGGGGGAACAGCUACUGCAUCCGCAAAGUCGGGUCUACCGGGCACCAAGUCUCCAGGAUUUAUCGUCUUGGCUGAUAUUCUGGCAUCGGGUGGUGGCACUGUCUUUGAGACACUUGCGAUGGUACUUUCCAGAUUCGGUGGCACAAGAAGCGUCCAGACGGUACAUCGCCAGCAAUCAGAUCAAAUCGCACUGGCAUACGCGCUCUUCGGAGCUACACCUCCGACUACUGACAGCGCGAAGGAAGGGGCGAAAGAGAGACCAGGGAAACUGCUACAAACAUACCUAAAAAUGUUAAGUCCGCUUGCGGAUGACACACACUUUGACGAUGCUGCCUUCUGGAGAGAAAAAUCGAUGAUUUUGGGAUUGCAAAUACUCUGUGCAACAGCCACGAGAGAAGAAGAUUUUAUCACAGCAGUGGGUGGUGCAAAGGAACCUUUGAAGAUUGUUCCUUUGCUUCGAUUUCAGCAAAUAAGAUAUGCUUCGUCAAACUUCAGGGUCCUUGACGUUCGAUUGCAACGGUUGACAAAUCUUCUACUUUCAAUUCAAGGAACCCAGUUAGUACGAUCGUCAAUUGUUGACUGUGUUGGGUAUACUGGAUGCAGUGAGGAGCAAGACAUGGAUAUGGGCUCGUCGGCUCUCUCUUUCCUGUCAUAUUUGUUGCAUUCAAUGGUAGGAAAGGGGGAUUUAGGAACAUUGGUGGGAGCACGACAAAUCGUUACUCUUUCACGAGCUGUUGCAAAACGCCUGUUGAAUUGUGCCAAACGACCAGGAUCUGUCGUAGACAUGCAGACGACCAAUCUUAUUUUUGACUGGAUCCUUCGGGAUCUGCGAGGUGGCAUGCCAGGGGAGUUGGUCCAAGCACUACUUGGUCUACCAAGCUACGCAAAAGGUGGCAAUUGGCAACCAGGCACAAAGCAAUAUAGCGGUUCUCCAACGGACUGUUUUGAUUCCAUGCUGGAAUUAUUGAAAGACAUUCGCUACGCCACAGCGCCCGAGACUGGAAGUAUUGCAUCAAAGUGUUUUGAAGUUUUUUUCCGGCUCUAUGAUUUGUUCCAAGGGGCCGGAAGCAAUGCACUUUGCCUCAAAACAGUGCUGUACACUGCAGAAAGGCUGAGGUCAACCGAUUUUUGGACUACCAGCUUGCUCACCUGGCUGUCCGACAGAGGUGUCAUGCCCUUGAAGCAAAGUCGAUCCCAAGUGGAUGCAACAAAUCUUCAUUCUAUUGCAUGGCUACUGAAAGGCCUGGCAAUUGAGUUGAAACUACUGGUUGGAUUUGCCAAUGCAUCAAUUCUAGGAUCUGGACUUGGGUCAUACCUCUCUCCCCGUCCGACUCAAUGCAGAACUUAUCUCUCGCUUCUCUUUGGGCACGAUGAGAAACUGAUUCUCAAGCUGAUUCAAGAUAUUCCGCUCGAGAAGGUGGUGUUCGAUCAUUCUUUAGUGCCUCCACCUUCCGAGGAACUGAGGAAAGCUACGUAUGAGCUACGGGGCCCUUUGGAUGUAGUCAGUGGCUACCAGCUAGUAAAAAGAGAGUCAGUGGCAAAAGCUAUCACAUCAAAUCAUUCGGAGACCGAGGUAGAAUCGAUGAUGCAUUGGGUUGAUCAAUGGAAUGCUGCUGCUUCGUGGGAUUGUGGUGCAUCACAUCUAUCGAAUUCCGCAUAUUUUGCUUUGAGUGCUGCUUUGGAAAGCUGUCAAUCACUCGGUACAAAUGGAAGCGUUGGAGAAAUCACCGGUCUGCACACAACUAGCCAGACGCACUUACUUGCAAUGAUACUGAAUCGGUUGUGCGUUGACGAAAACAAUCCACGGGGGAUGGAUGCAAGUCUCAUUCCGACCGCAUCAAAAAAUCUGAGUAACGCUGUCCUUGUUCUCGCAGAGAGUAUCACUACGAUUGACCAGCUGCAUGCCCCGCCAUCCUCUGAGCUUCUAACGGCAGCUUCAAUGUUGUCACGAACACUGGCCCACUCCUGUGUUGGUGAUGAAACUGGCAUUGAGGUGCCCAUCCGGCAGGAGAGAUCUACCGUUUUGGCAAGCGCAUUGUCUGCAAUUCUUCGCCACACUUCAAAAUCAGAACCUGAUUUAGUGCGUCAGUAUCAAGCGGACUUUUUGGCCGCAACAGCAGCACUAAGGAAGAUGUGCUUGCACCGAGUGGACAGUGACCUCGGCACUGUUUCCAUGUUGGCUCGGUCCGCAUUUGGUGCAAUCAUGGAUGCUUGUAGCAAUGAUGGAGCGGAACAGUUGAAUGAUUCAUUGGUAUACCAUGCUCUUCCGACACCAUUCUUGGGUUCACUGUUGAAUCUAGUGGCCACAAUGGAUGAGACAAUUUGCAAACUCUUGCAAACGAUUGCCUUCCAGCCAUUUGGAGCUGAGAUAUUGCUUGACGCUGGCAUCUUGACAGUGCUCCAGGCAGCCGCAAAGGCAUACCUAGAGGAAGAAGCACGUGUGUCUUCUACGAUGCAUUCCUCGAGCUACAACAAAAUUUCACUUGCUACACCCCGCUUUUUGAUGAGUCAUCUGAAGUUACUGAGCGCUCUCAUGUCUUCACAAAGACUUCCUUCCAGAAAGACACUUGAGCUUGCGAUUCAAGCUGCUGAAACCAUGGCCUUGUACAAAAUGACGAUUCGACGAUUGUGCUACAACUUCCCAGUUGAGGCUGACGUUCUGAGAUGCUUCAUGCGUGGAUUCGUCCAAGCUUUGUCUAUUUCGCAGUCUGGCGAUCCAUCUCUACAGCACAGCUUGCUAGCCGAGCACAGCUCCAAAGUAAAAUCGAUCAUUGCAGCCAGCGGUCUUGUAGAUACCGGGAUAGCAAUGCUCUGCCAGCAGUUAUGGGAAAAUCCUCUCCCCCGCGAUCUUCUGCUACAAAUACCUACACCACUAAAGAAAAGCUCAGUACGCCCGAAGUCGAGCGUCGUAAAUGUUGAAACAGAGACUGAGAGAUCAUGGUGGGAUGUUCUAGACACUAUUCUCUUGGGAAAAAAUAUGAGCACGAGCCAAUUCACGUUCAAUGCGCCAGUAGGGAAUAGUGACUUCUGGGGUACGAAGAAUGACAAGAAAUGGAAUGAGGACAAAUUCGAGUACGCGAUUGUAGCGAUGGAUGUUUUGUCUCUUGGAACUUCGCUUUUGAAACGAUUGAAUCGUCUCGAUGCAAUUGAUAGCGGUUCCCUUGCUUGCGGACUCUACCAUUGUGCAUUUGCAGCACAGACUCUCGGCAUUCGAAUGGAGGAAAUCCAAGGACUGGUCUCCAAUCCUGCAACGAUGAUGGACACCGGCGAGACUAGAAAUGUCCAACUCGAAUCUGAAUAUUUGAAAUUGUUUGGAAGCUCGCUUUCUCAUAGCGUGGAGGAAUUGGUUGUCCUUUGCCAUUUAUUGGUUGGCGAGGUCAAGGAGAACAAUAAGGCCGCGAAAUCCUUCAGCCUUGUGAUUGAUCAAAUUGGGAUUCAGUCAAAGGGAGUGGGAAUUCUCGAAAGCUUGAGUGACGGUCCAAGUCGAUUGGCACUUGUCAAUCAAAUGUGCAUUGAGAUAAAGAAGUGA